CUUGAUACAUAACCAGCGCUCGAGCCUCGCUGCAUCUGACUGAAUAAUAUCCCAACAACUAACGCUUUCGUAGACGAGGCGUGAAGCCACCGCCAUUGUACCCUUGAUUAGACAGCUUUGCAAUCCAUUGUUUAGUUCUGCUUUUACAACUCAAAAAGUCGUAUUGCUAAGAGCCAAGCUCAUCUGACAGGAUGGCUGAGUACUUGGCGUCCAUCUUCGGCACAGAAAAAGACAAAGUAAAUUGCUCUUUUUACUUUAAAAUUGGAGCAUGCCGACAUGGUGAUAGAUGUUCUAGAAUUCACAACAAACCCACUUUCAGCCAGACAUGUUUACUUCAGAACUUAUACGUAAACCCACAGAAUUCAGCCAAAAGUGCUGAUGGCUCGCAUUUGGUUGCAAAUGUAUCUGAUGAAGAAAUGCAAGAGCAUUAUGAUAACUUCUUUGAAGAUGUGUUUGUUGAAUGUGAAGAUAAAUAUGGUGAAAUUGAAGAAAUGAAUGUUUGUGAUAACUUGGGAGAUCAUUUGGUUGGAAAUGUUUACAUAAAAUUUAGACGAGAGGAAGAUGCAGAAAAAGCUGUAAAUGAUUUGAACAACAGAUGGUUUGGUGGAAGACCAGUAUAUGCUGAGCUUUCACCUGUCACAGACUUUAGAGAAGCUUGCUGUCGUCAAUAUGAAAUGGGUGAAUGCACAAGAUCAGGAUUUUGCAACUUCAUGCACUUGAAACCAAUAUCUCGAGAUCUCCGGCGUUAUCUUUACAGUCGUAAGAAGGGUGGUGGUGGUGGUGGUCGCGGAGGAGGCAGAUCACGUUCCCGCUCAAGAUCUCCCAAACGGGAUCGCAAACGACGAUCGCGCUCUCGUGACCGUCGAUCUCGAUCCAAGGAUCGGCGUAAGGGUAGAGACAGUCGAUCUGGACGAUAUUAGAUACAAGUAAAGUCUGAAGUAUAAAUGAAUUUAACAAUUUGAAUCAUUGUAUUUGUGUAAAAUCCAAUUAUAAAAUGAAAUUUAGGAUAAUAAUGUAAAAAUAGGAUGAUGUAAAAUGAACAAGAACUAUAAUAAAGACAACGUUUGCAGGUAUGCGAACAUUUUCCACAAAAAAUAA